AUGCAAGGUUGUAAGAUUGUACUGUACAUUCGGUGUGAAUGGACCCUUUCCCCUCCUCCCCCUCUCCCCCUCUCCCCUUCCCCCCCUCUCCCCCUCUCUCCCCCUCUCCCCCUCUCCCCCUCUCCGCUUUUCCUCUUCUCCCCCGCUCCCCAUCUCCCCCUCUCCCCCUCUCGCACUCCCCCUCUCCGCCCUGUCCCGUCUCUUCCCCCUCACCCUCUCUCCCCCUCCCCAUCUCUCGACCUUCCUUCCCCUCUCUCCAGAGCCACCGCUCGUGAUACUCACACCACGGUCGCACGGUCGAGGGUCAAGUAUAUCCCUUCCGACUGUUGCUCUCCCUUCCGCCGUCGCUCUCCCUUCCGCCCGUCGCCCUUCUUUCCCCCUCGUCGCCCUGCCUUCCGUCCGUCGCCCACCCUUGUUCCCGUCGCCCUCCCUUCCCGUCGCCCUCCCUUCCCGUCGCCCUCCCUUCCCGUCGCCCUCCCUUCCCGUCGCCCGCACUUCUUCCCGUCGCCCUCCCUUCCCGUCGCCUUCCCUUCCCGUCGCCCGCGCUUCUUCCCGUCGCCCUCCCUUCCCGUCGCCCUCCCUUCCCGUCGCCCUCCCUUCCCGCCGCCCUCCCUUCCCGUCGCCCUCGCUUUCCCCGUCGCCCUGCCAUCCACUCCCCGUCGCCCUCGCCUUCCCUCCCGUCUCCCUUCCCAUCUCGCACACUUGUCACCCUCCCUUUUCUCUCCCUACUCCCUCUUUUCCCUCCCUCCAAUAAUCGCCUUCCUUCCCCCAACUUAUACCCCUUCCCUGCUUCCCCCCAUCCCCUGCCCUGCUUCCCCCCAUCCUCUUCAUUCUUUCCCCGUAUCCCCAGCCCUGCUUCCCCCCAUCCCCUUCCCUGCUUCCCCCCAUCUCCUUCCCUUCUUCCCCCCAUCUCCGUCCCUGCUUCCCCCCAUCCCCCUCCCUGCUUCCCCCCAUACCCCUUCCCUGCUUCCCCCCAUCCCCUUCCCUGCUUCCCCCCAUCCCCUUCCCUGCUUCCCCCCAUCCCCUUCCCUGCUCCCCCCCAUCUCCAUCCCUGCUUCCCCCCAUACCCCUCCCUGCUUCCCCCCAUCCCCCUCUCUGCUUCCCCCAUACCCCUCCCUGCUUCCCCCCAUCCCCCUCUCUGCUUCCCCCCAUACCCCUCCCUGCUUCCCCCCAUCCCCCUCUCUGCUUCCCCCCAUACCCCUCCCUGCUUCCCCCCAUCCCCUUCCCUGUUCCCCCCCAUCCCCUUCCCUGCUCCCCCCCAUUCCCUUCCCUGCUUCCCUCAUCCCCUGCCCUGCUUCCCCAUGUCCCCUGCCCUGCUUCCCCCAAUCCCCUUCCCUGCUUCCCCCCAUCUCCUUCCCUUCUUCCCCCCAUCUCCGUCCCUGCUUCCCCCCAUCCCCCUCCCUGCUUCCCCCCACACCCCUCCCUGCUUCCCCCCAUCCCCCUCUCUGCUUCCCCCCAUACCCCUCCCUGCUUCCCCCCAUCCCCUUCCCUGUUCCCCCCCAUCCCCUUCCCUGCUUCCCCCCCAUCCCCCUCCCUGCUUCCCCCCAUCCCCUUCCCUGUUCCCCCCCAUCCUCUUCCCUGCUUCCCCCCAUCCCCUUCCCUGCUCCCCCCCAUAAUCUCUGCCCAGGUGUCCUUCCUAUUCAUUCUGUUCCGCCCACCCUCUCCCAUUCCGUUCUGCCGCCAUCUCUCAUUCUUCCCACCCUCUCUCUCCCUCCUCCCGCACUCUCUCUCUCCUCGCACCCGCACUAUCUCUCUCCUUCCUCCCGCACUCUCACAAUCCUUCCCACCACCCUCAGCCCUCCUUCCCCCCCCCCUCUGCCAUGUUCCCACCUGCCCUGCCCUCCCUAUCCCUGCCUUUCCCUCCCUGCCCUGCGCUUCCUUUCCCCAUCCCUUCUCAACCCUUUCCUUCCUUUUCAUGCCUUCCCCUUCCCCCUCACUACUCACCUACCACUCUCUAGUUCCCAUGCAUGUGGACCCAUCACUGUCUCCCCGUACACGCUUUCAUCAUGUGCCGUUGCUGUUGCCGUUGGUCCCUUGCACCUCACACCACCUCCCCCAUGUUCCUUCACACAAUUCUUUCUGCCUUCUCCAUUCCCCUAUUUUCAGUGGUGA